AUGCCAGCCGGCGAGCUCCGACACACAGAGUCGUCGUCCGAAGUCGAGGGCGAGGCGUGGGUGUGGGCCCAGAUCAAAGCCGAGGCGCGCCGCGACGCCGAGGCCGAACCGGCUCUGGCCAGCUAUCUCUACUCUACGAUACUCUCCCACUCGUCGUUGAAGCGAUCCCUGUCGUUUCACUUGGGGAACAAGCUCUGCUCCUCCACUCUCCUCUCCACGCUCCUCUAUGACCUCUUCCUCAACACCUUCUCCUCCGAUCCCUCUCUGCUCGCCGCCGCCGUUGCCGAUCUCCGCGCCGCCCGCGAGCGUGACCCCGCCUGCGUCUCCUUCUCCCACUGCUUGCUCAAUUACAAGGGCUUCUUAGCCUGUCAGGCUCAUCGAGUGGCGCACAAGCUGUGGAUCCAGUCACGCAGGCCCUUGGCGCUUGCGCUGCAUUCGCGGAUCGCCGACGUGUUCGCGGUGGACAUACACCCGGCGGCGACGAUCGGAAAGGGGGUGCUGUUCGACCACGCCACCGGGGUGGUGGUGGGGGAGACAGCGGUGAUCGGAAACAACGUGUCGAUACUUCACCACGUGACGCUGGGUGGGACCGGCAGGGCCGGCGGAGAUCGGCACCCGAAGAUCGGCGAUGGGGUUUUGAUCGGCGCGAGCGCGACGAUUCUAGGGAAUGUGAAGAUAGGGGAUGGGGCGAAGAUCGGGGCCGGAUCGGUGGUGUUGAUUGAUGUGCCGCCGAGGACGACGGCGGUUGGGAAUCCGGCGAGGUUGGUUGGCGGGAAGGAACGGCCGUCGCAGCUUGAGGAUGUGCCUGGCGAGUCCAUGGACCAUACUUCGUUUAUGUCCGAGUGGUCUGACUAUAUUAUAUGA